AUAACACGAUGUAUAAAUAUGAGAGAAAUUUCACUUGAAAAGAACGUACUAUCGGCGUCGCGUCUGGAUCACACACACAUAUGCUUCUUAGAAUUAUAAAAAGGGCAGGCAAAAAUUUGUUAUGACAGAUGUCUAGUCGUAGUCUCUCUAAUAUGUAAGUUUCACUUCCACGUUCAGCAACAUAAAAGCUAUAAAUUUACAAAAGUACAAAAACGGCUGAAUAAUUUGAGGGAGGCAGGACGAAUGUUGCGUUGGAUCCUACAAAAACAUUCCUGAUAUACGAUAUAUCAAUGUUGCGAAAUAAAAUUACAUUCCCCUUGAACUCGAAGAUCAUUGCGUCGAGAUGAGAGCUUCGGGAGGAACGUUCGAAUGGACGAGUACAUAGGUAUGUGUCUCAGAUUCUUAUUUAUUGCUACAUUUCUCUCUUUGUGCUAAACGUAUACGCUCACACCAGCGACAAUUUCGUCACUUAACGAUUCGCACACGUUAACGCGCAUAUUGUUACAUAACCAACUUCAUAUCGGUGAUUGACAAUUUAAAAAGAAAGAAAGUUCCCAAGUGGAAAAAAAUUCGCCUUCGAAAUUUUAAAAACGGGAAGUUCGAUUGAUCAAAUCGAUAUUACUCCGGCUAGUGGCGCGAUAUCGCAGUCGUUGGCUCCCUCUUCUCUCGCGGCGGUCAUGUCUGUCCACGUGCUCUGCAAUCGUAUUAGCCUCUCAAGCAAUAUUCCGGUUGUCAAUAGUCAUAUUGUCGAGUCAUGGCGCUGCAACAACGCGCUUGCGGUCUCGUAAUUUUCCGCCGAUUUCAAGACACUGUCCAAUAUUUGUUGAUGCAAACGUCGUACGGAGAACAUCACUGGACGCCUCCUAAAGGUCAUGUCGAUCCCGGCGAGUCCGACAUGGAGACGGCCGUGCGCGAGACUCGGGAAGAGGCCGGCUUCGUCCCGGGCGACCUGAAAAUCUUCGAGAACGCGAAGCAGGAGAUGGCGUACAAGGUGAACGGAGUGCCGAAGAUCGUGAUCUACUGGCUGGCGGAGCUGAUCGAUCCGGGCAAGUCCGUGAAGCUGUCGAACGAGCACCAAGCAUUCGAAUGGCUGCCGCUGCGCGAAGCGUGCAACUUGGCGAAAUAUUCCGAGAUGCGGGAGGCGCUGAACGAAUUCGACAGAUAUAUAAGCGAAAAUCUUUUGUAAUGUUAAGUACUAAUAAAAAUUUAGUCUGAUAUAUGUAUAUAUGGAAAAUAUAAGAAAUAUCAAUGCGCUCUA